AUGGCCGCCCUCUUGUUCCCGGCACAGACGUCAUGUUUUUCUGCGCGCUGUUCGCAGGCGGUGGUGACGUACUCGUCGACGUACGUGCUCAAUCUUUCAAACACGGCCGCCCUCUUGUUCCCGGCACAGACGUCAUGUUGUUCUGCGCGCUGUUCGCAGGCGGUGGUGACGUACUCGUCGACGUACGUGCUCGUCGCGCUGAGCAUCGACCGCUACGAUGCCAUCACCCACCCCAUGAACUUCACUGGAAGCUGGAGGCUGCAGUGCUGGAUCGACUUCUCGGAGCCGUGGCAGUGGCAGGUGUACAUGACGCUGGUGGCGCUCACGCUGUUCGUGGGCCCGGCGCUCAUCAUCUCCGCCUGCUACACGGUCAUCGUGUCCACCAUCUGGAGCAAGAGCCGGCAGCUGACCACCGAGCCGGCCGGCGUCACCGGGGGCAGUCGCUCCUCCCGCGGCAGCGGCCACGGCUCGGGCAAGUCCAAGCCGGCGCUGCGCAUGCCGCGACUCCAGCAGCUGCAGUCCGAGGACCAGGACAGCCGGCGCGCGUCCUCCAAGGGCCUCAUCCCCAAGGCCAAGGUGAAGACCGUCAAGAUGACCUUCGUCAUCGUCUUCGUGUUCGUGGUCUGCUGGAGCCCGUACAUCGUGUUCGACCUGCUCCAGGUGUACGGCCACGUGCCGCGCACGCAGACAAACAUCGCCGUCGCGUCCUUCAUCCAGAGCCUGGCGCCGCUCAACUCGGCGGCCAACCCGGUCAUCUACUGCCUGUUCUCGGCCAGCAUCGGCCGCACCCUCAGGAAGGUGCCGCCGUUCAGCUGGGUGGCUGGGCUGUGCUGCAAGAGCGAGGGCAGCUCGUCCGACGCCGAGCACCCCACCUUCCUGGCGGCGAGCGCGCGCUGGGAGUCGUCGCGGCGCCGCGGCAAGGCGGCGGCGGUUGCGGCGGGGGCGGCGGGGGCGGGGGCGGCGGCGCGCACCCCGCACCCGCACCUCGACGUGGCGGCGCGUGGUGCCGUCGUCACCGCCGUGGCUUCAAUCGUUUGA